GAAAGUUCGGCUCCGGCGGCGUCUCGCCCGGCAGCCGGGGAUGAGCCGGGGUCGGGGGGCGCGCUGAGCGGCGGCCAGGAGGGGGCAACUUCUCCCGGGAGAGCGCCUCCCACCGGGCCCCGCCGGCCGCAGCCCCCGGCGGGUUCGAGUGGUUUUUCCCGUGCCUGUGCCUCCCCCCUGCGGAUCCAAGAGACGGACCUAGGUCUCCGCGCUCCCGCUGCCGGGUGACAGGAGCCAGCGCCGCCGCCGCCGCCUCGGCCGCCGCUCCCUCCGUCCCUCCGCCCGGCCGGCCGGCCGCUCCCGGCCGCAGCCCCUGCCCUGCCCGCCCGCCUGCGCGCCGCACCAUGGAGUUCUCGGAGAGGAAGCGGAGCAGGAAAUCCCAGAGCUUCAAACUGGUGAGCCGAGAUUAUCACCAGGAGGUCUAUAAAAUCUCAGAAUUCAGCACCGAUGUUAAUGGGGAGGCCAAAGAGACACAACCCAUUUUUUUAGGAGAUGAAAGCAUGGAAAUUAAAAAACAAAUUACAGGAAUGAGAAGAUUACUUAAUGACAGUGCUGGGAGGGUCUACCAGCGUGUGGGCAAGGACGGGGAGAAACUGAAAGAAGAACCCCAGGAUUUGGAUUCCAUCUGGCCUCAGCGUUCGAACUCUGUGGAGGCCCCACCGAGCCUCCACCCGUCUUCCCGUGGUGCGUGGAGUGAGUUACCAGCCCAGAGUGGGCAGUUCUCAGGGCAGUAUGGCACCCGCUCCAGAACCUUCCAGAGCCAGUCCCACCCCGCCGGGAGCGCCAAUGGAGAACUUCCAGUGGUGAAUCCGUCGUCAGCUGGAUCAAACUGCUGUACCUGUAACUGCCAGUCAACGUUGCAGGCCAUCCUCCAAGAACUCAAGACCAUGCGGAAAUUGAUGCAGAUUCAGGCAGUCGGAACCCAGAACAGACAACAACCCCCAAUCUCCCUCAUCUGCUCCCAGCGCACUGCCGUCUCGCGCAAGAGAAAUAAAAAGAAAAAAGUGCCCCUGAAGACUGCGGAACCUCUCACUGUGAAACAGAAGCCCAGCGCGUUAGAAGCCGAGAAGAAGGAGGUGGCGGCCCCCGAGAGUCCCAGCCUCCCCUCGGCCGAGCACACCUCCCCCAGGGAGAACCACGUCCUAGGAUUCGGCAUCGUACUCGGAUCACCAGCCUCUGAUCCAGAAGUGCAACUUGCCGAAGGCUUUGAUGUGUUUAUGCCUAAAUCUCAGCUGGACUCUAUACUGUCAAACUACACUCGCUCAGGAAGCCUUCUGUUUAGAAAACUGGUGUGUGCAUUUUUUGAUGACAAGACUUUGGCUAACUCCUUACCCAAUGGGAAGAGGAAAAGAGGACUCAAUGACAACCGGAAAGGACUAGACCAAAAUAUUGUAGGUGCAAUAAAAGUCUUCACAGAAAAAUACUGCACUGCUAAUCACGUGGAUAAACUGCCCGGCCCAAGAGACUGGGUUCAGAUUCUACAGGAUCAAAUCAAACUGGCCAGAAGAAGGUUAAAAAGAGGCUCAGCAGAGGCAGCUGACGGUGAUGAACGGCUGGACUGCGUCUCUCUACCCCCAACAGAUGGAGGCAGAGAGAUGUUACAGAUGAGAAAACUGAAUACAGGGCUGGUAGAACCACCUCACGGAACUGAAAAGAAUUUCAAGGAAUCUGAGAAAGAAGGCAUGGUAGAGAUCAUCUAGUCCCGUCCCUUCUUUUUACCCAGUCCUUUUAUUUUACAGGUAAAAAAGCCUGAGGCCCAGAAACACUAGAUGACUUUCUCAAGGUCUCACAGCUGGUCGGGUGGCCUGGCCGGAGCCCAGGCCUCUCAACUCCCAGCCAAUCCACCGCGUAGCUUUCUUACACCUUCUCUGCAUGUUCCCUAAAGAUCCUAAGAGGUGAUGGAUGUACCAGUCCCUUUAGGGUUCUAUCUCAGUGUCACCCCGUCUUCACAGUUAGAGUGUCUGUCGUAAGUCAGCCCGAAGUCCGCUGCAGCUUCAGCUCUCAGCUUCUUCCCAAGAAGACCCCACCCGAGGCUGUGAGGCCCUAAGGAGGACAAUCGUAGGACACCUCCUGCAGGUUUUUUUCACUAGACUCCUGAUAGAUAUUUGAUACAAAUCACUAAACAGCAUGAUGAAUAGUAACCACUUAUCACCUCGAAAAGGGGAAGAGAAGUCACGGAUUGGUGCCCAAAUUUCGCAGUAACGGAAUGAAACAAUCUUGAUUAGACCGGCAUGUCUCUGGAGUGCCUCUCACGUAAAAUCCCAGUCUGGGGCUUCUCUGAACACAGCACCACGACUUAGUCCUCCCUCCUUACGUGUCUCCUUAGUGAGACCGUCCGAGGGAUGAAUUCCGCCU